CACACAAAGCAGCGGGCACAGUCUGCCUCUGUCCCAGACAGCCGUGCCAACGUACUGAAUCAGACAACAGCAUCGGCGGGAUGGCUCCAAAAUACAGGCUGGUGUACUUUAACGUCCGGGGGAGAGCCGAGCUGACCCGACUGCUGUUCGCGGCGGCAGACCUGGAGUACCAGGACCAGCGCUUCGAGUUCGGGUCGGACCAGUGGAAGGAGCUAAAACCAAAUACUCCCAUGGGCCAGGCACCUCUACUGUACGUUGAUGACGUCGCACUCUGCCAGAGCAUGACGAUCGCUCGUUACGUGGCAAGGACAACAGGCCUGGCGGGUCGGACUCCUAUAGAAGAGGCUACAGCUGACAUGAUUGUGGACGGGCUGGACGACAUGCAGAGGAAACUGGUGGCCAUGUUCAAUGAGAAGGGCGACGAAAAGAAGGCGGAGCUUCAAAAGGAGUUUGUAGGAUCGUUCCUUCCACAGUUUCUUGGCAACUACGAGAAGUUAGCCGGCGCGGAGGGAUUCUUCGUUGGUGAUUCGCUGACCUGGGCCGACAUCGCGUUCUUCAACCUGAUGGGCUGGGUGACGCCCAUGGACCCGGCCGUGCUGGGCGGCUUCCCAAACCUGAGCAAAGUCAUGGACAACGUGCAGUCCCAGCGGGGAAUCGCUAGGUGGCUCAAGGAGCGCCCGCAGACCAAAAUGUAGCCGUUGACGUUGCCAUGACAACAACUAACUAGAGCUAGUCGUUUGUGAAGACCAAACAGACACUGCACGAAAUCCUACCUUAAAGUAUCCAUAAAGGUAUACGCAAGAAGAAACGAAAUCUUUUAGCAUACUUUAAUUUUAGUGAAAAGAAUAUGGAUUUUGUCUAGUGACAGCACAAGAUACAAGGAAGGAUAACAUAGCUUUUUAGUGGAUUGCAGUAUAUGUAUUACAGUACAUGUAUUUCAAGCUAACACCAACUUACACACUUAGAUACGAAAGGCUAACCAAAUUAGAUAGAAAAGUAUUUCCUAAC